AUGAUAAGGAAAAGAAGCGAACAAAGAAAUAAGAAAGCGAACGAACAAUGGGAGAAACAAAUGACAAAGAAAGAAGAAAAACGGCAAGAGAAUAGUAAGGGAGGCCAACAAGGAAAGAAGCAAGGAAAACAAGACGAAUGGCAAGGAAAACGAAUGACGAAGCCAGAAGAAGAAGCAAGGAAAACAAAACGAACAAGGAAAGCGAAUAGUGAAAAAGGAAGACAAAUGGCAAACGAACAACAGGAGAAGCGAAUGACAAGAAAGGAAGGAAAACGGCAAAAGAAUGGUGAGGGAGGCCAACAAGAAAAGAAGAAAUAA